AUGGAGCCAGACCGGGCUGCGAUCCCCGUCGACGCCAUAGUCAAUUCCCCCACCUCGGACUCUUCCCAUACUCCUCCUGGACAAGAUAUUGAGAGCGUCGUGAAGAAUGAGAAUGCUUCAGGCCAAGAUCCCGCCAACGAUGGCGAGCACCGCUACGACUAUCCUACGGGCCUCAAGCUUGCCUCGAUCCUGGCGGGCGCCACCAUGGCAUACUAUCUCCUUUUCCUCGACCUGGCCAUCAUUUCCACCGCGACGCCCGCCAUUACUACCGAAUUCAACGCCUUAAUAGACAUCGGCUGGUACGCGGGUGCCUAUCAACUGGCAAGCGCUGCCUUCCAGCCACUGAGUGGUAAGAUCUACACCUAUUUCUCCCUCAAGUGGACCUUUCUUGCCUUCUUCUUCGUCUUUGAGCUGGGUUCGGCCAUAUGCGGUGCGGCACAAUCGUCACCUAUGUUCAUUAUCGGCCGCGCUAUCGCCGGCCUUGGUUCUUCCGGUCUGUUUACUGGCUGUCUUACCACCAUCGCCAAUUGCGUCCCAAAAGAGCGGCGGCCGUUGUUUCAAGGAAUCAACAUAGGUAUUGGCCAGCUUGGUCUUGCGUGCGGCCCCGUCCUCGGAGGUGCUUUCUCAACCCGCGUCUCAUGGAGAUGGUGCUUCUACAUUAACCUACCCAUCGGUGUUGUCGUUGCCCUUUGCCUCAUCCUCAAUAAAGUGCCAGAGGCAAGUGUCAAGCCUCCCUGGCGCCAAGUUCUCGGCACCGCCGUCAAGUCGCUAGACCUGGUCGGAUUUGCCCUCGUUAGCCCGGCUGCGAUCAUGCUUUUGUUGGCCCUCCAGUUUGGCGGAAACCAGUAUGCCUGGGACAGCUCGGUCGUCAUUGGCCUGCUAUGCGGAGCCGCUGCUGUCUUUACGCUCUUUUUAUUCUGGGAACACCGAGAAGGGGACGGCGCAAUGAUCCCGUUUGCUUUUCUUAGAAGCCCUAUCGUCCGAUCAGCAUCACUGACGCAAUUCUUUACCCUCGGCGGCAUUCUCAUCGGCGACUUUUACCUGGCCAUAUUUUUUCAGGUUAUCAAGAAUGAUUCGGCUCUGAUGAGCGGCGUGCAUUUGCUUCCGGUAACACUGGGCUUAGUCAUAUUUACUUUCGUCACUGGCGGCUUAAUACAAGUCACGGGCUACUAUCUACCCUGGAUUCUAGCGGGUAGUGCCAUCGCAACCGUUAGCUACGGCCUCAUGUCAAUGCUGAGCCCCGCAACUACCUUCGGGCAAUGGUUCGGCUACUUAUGCGUCUACGGUAUCGGUAGCGGUCUGGGGAAUUCAGCUGCAUACAUCGCCGUCCAAGGCCUCGUUCCCCUGAAACAGAUCCCCACGGCUAUCGCGAUCGUUAUAUUCGCCCAGAACAUUGGCGCCGCCGUUUGGGUCGUCGUCGCUAACGCCAUCUUUAACAACACCCUGCGCAAAGAACUGUCGCAGCGAGCGGCGCUCAUCGGCUCCAGCCCCGAGGUUAUCAUCGAAGCUGGUGCCCGCAACAUCCGCGCCGCGGGCCUGACCCCCUCUGAACUGGCCGCCGUCCUGGUGGCCUAUGGCAAGGCGAUUGAUCGGACCAUGUAUCUCGGCAUUGCCGUGUUCGGCAGCGUCAUGCUUGUUGCAUGGGAAAUGGGCUUUAAGAACCUUAAAGAAGUCGAGAAGCUAAAGGAGCUCAAGGACGAUAGCACAUCAGAGGAGGGAACGGAUGCCUUAUCGGAUGUCAAGCCUGUGGAGCAGAACCAAGGUGGGGGCGCCGAACCGUGGCAUGGCUGUAUCCUGGGGAAAGCGCCUAUUGCGAAAAACGAUAUCUACGGCGGUCUUUUCCUCCUUAUUCAGGACACGCUCCAACGAUUUUGCCACCGGAUUGAGGGCCCCCAAGUCAAGUUUCAGCUGCUCCAUGGUGAUGCGCUGGCGCUUCCAAGCUCGAUCGACGACAGUAAACACUCCUUUGAUCGAAUUGAGCUCUCAAACAUUGCGGAUCUUGGCCGAGUCGGCCCAAAGGCUGCUCUCACGACAUUCGGUCCGUUACUCAAACUACCAAGCGAGAAUCCGCAUGCGACUCUUCUCACACUGUUCCUCAACGCAGUGCACGAAGUGUUUACCGACGCCGACGACAUCGACUCGCUACGGGAAGAAGUAGGCCGCCUACGAUCCUACAUGGUUCUGGAUGCAGCCGCGGUUCUCGCCCGCGACAAGUUCAACGCAGACUACAUAAGGUUUAUGGAUGCGCGUCGCGUGGUCCGAGACUUCGACGGUCUGUUCGAUCGCUACAUGUGCAACCUGCGCAUCGGUGAUAUCGGUCAGGCCGCAGGGCUUAAGAUGAGCUCAGAUCACACUAUUGUUCCUCCUUGGCCGAUGCGACUUCGGCCCAAUGCGACGCAACAAGAAUUUGAUCGCUUGCGCGCGUCAGGACACGUUGGAUCUGAGCGGUACGUAGAGUGGAAAAGCGAUUGGUAA